UUUCGCGGGAGAGGAGGAAGGAUUCUGGCCUAGGAGCGAGCGCGCGCGAGAGCACGGGAGCCGGUGGGCGGACGCAAUCCGGAGCCAUCCUCACCGAGCGGCCCCAGUCGCCAGCCGUUGUCGCGGCCUGCAGGUCGGCGGGGUCUCCCGGCUUCCGUAGCGCCUCCUCCCCCAGUUCAGCCCACUCCGAGAGCGAAGCGGAGCGCGGCCAGUAUCCCAGUUCAAUCCAGUGGCAUCCGCCUCCCAGACCGCGGCGAUCCGCCCGGGGACCGGCGCUUCCAGACGCGGCGGGCUUCGAGGAGACCGCGGAGCCUUAUAUUGCCGGCCUCCCCGCCAGGGCCGCGCCGUGCCGGCGGCUCGCGAAAGAGACCCCCCGUCCUUUUGCGCUUGCCAAGGCCGCCAUUUUCUGCGCUUUUCAUUCCGAGCCUUGAGCGGAGGCGCUCGGAGGGCCAGCGGGGCGGCGGCGGCGGCUGCCCCCUGCCCGGCAGCCAUGCACUAGCCCUCGCCCCCAGUAAAGCGGCCCGUCCCUUGGCGCGCGCGAUGCGCCCCUGAGCAGCGGCCCCUUUCCCCCCGCGAAGGCCGCGCCACCCGAGCAAAGUGGGGGGGUUCGCCGAGGCCACGGAGGCGCCGGCGGCUGGAGCGGGACCGACCCGGGAGAGAGCCGGGCCCCCGGGAGCUGCGGCGGCGGCAGGAGGCAUGUUGCAGAACGUGAACCCCAACGGCAAGAUCCUUGGGGAGGGCAAUGUGGCCCUGGUGGGGCUGGCGGUGGAGUCCACCCCAGGGAAGCGCAUCCGCAAGCCCUCGCUGCUCUACGAGGGCUUCGAGAGCCCCACCAUGGCCUCUGUCCCAGCUCUCCAGCUGGCCUCUGCCAAUCCGCCCCCUCCGGAGGUCUCCAACUGCAAGAAGCCUGGCAGGGUCACCAACCAGCUGCAGUACCUCCACAAAGUGGUGAUGAAGGCUCUUUGGAAGCACCAGUUCGCCUGGCCCUUCCGUCAACCGGUGGAUGCCGUCAAGCUGGGCCUUCCGGACUACCACAAGAUUAUCAAGCAGCCGAUGGACAUGGGCACUAUCAAGCGGCGGCUGGAGAACAACUACUACUGGAGUUCGGCUGAGUGCAUGCAGGACUUCAACACCAUGUUCACCAAUUGCUACAUCUACAACAAGCCCACCGAUGACAUUGUGCUGAUGGCCCAAACGCUGGAGAAGAUCUUCCUGCAGAAGGUGGCCCAGAUGCCUCAGGAGGAGCAGGAGAUGGUCAUCCAAGUGGCCAAGAACAGCCACAAGAAGGGGGCCUCCCGGGCAGCAGCACUCCUCGCGGCAGCCAAUGUAGCCGCUCAGCAAGUCCCUGCCGUCUCCUCCUUGUCCCACACCCAGCUCUUCCCCACCAGCACAGACCUUCCCACCACGAUCGUCAACAUCCCCCACCCUUCUGUCAUCUCCACGCCACUCCUGAAGCCUCUCCACUCCACCGCCACCUCCCAGCCGGUGAUCGCAGUGCCUGCCCCCACGCAGCCUGUGGCCAAGAAGAAGGGCGUGAAGCGGAAAGCAGACACAACCACCCCGACCCCCACGGCCAUCAUUGCCACCAGCGGUGGGGAGUCCUCCCCUUCGGCCCCCCUGCUGGAGGGGAAGGCGGCCAAGAUCCCUGCCCGGCGGGAGAGCGGGCGCCCCAUCAAGCCUCCCCGCAAGGACCUCCCCGACUCCCAGCAGCACCAGACCUCCAAGCGGGGCAAGCUCUCGGAGCAGCUCAAGUACUGCAACGGCAUCCUCAAGGAGCUCGUGUCCAAGAAGCACGCGGCCUACGCCUGGCCCUUCUACAAGCCCGUGGACGCCUCGGCGCUGGGCCUCCACGACUACCACGAGAUCAUCAAGCAUCCCAUGGACCUCAGCACCAUCAAGCGCAAGAUGGAGAAUCGGGAAUACCAGGAUGCCCAGGAGUUUGCCUCUGAUGUGCGGCUGAUGUUCUCCAACUGCUACAAGUACAACCCUCCUGACCAUGACGUGGUAGCCAUGGCUCGCAAACUGCAGGAUGUCUUUGAGUUCAGCUAUGCCAAGAUGCCAGAUGAACCCCUAGACAUCAGCCCCCCCUCCACAUCACUCCCGCAGCCGGGCCUCCUGAUGAAGUCCUCCACAGAUGAGUCUUCCAGUGACGAAGACGAUGACGACGAGGAAGAGGAGGGGGACGAAGACGAGAGCAGCAGCGAGAGCUCUUCGGACAGUGAGGAGAGCUCUGACUCAGAGGAAGAGCGGGCCAAUCGUCUGGCAGAGCUCCAGGAACAGCUACGGGCUGUUCACGAGCAGCUGGCGGCCCUCUCCCAGGGACCAGUCUCCAAGCCCAAGAAGAAGCGAGACAAGAAGGAGAAGAAGAAAAAGAAGAAAUCGGAGAAACGCAAAGCCAAAGGAGGGGAGGAGGAGGCGCGGGCUCACCAGGCCCAGCUGAAGAAGUCUAAGAAAGCGGCAGGCAGCGGCGGCGGCGGCAGCAACAGCAAGAACUCCAAGAAGGCUGCCUCGAAGGCCCUCCCCCCCCCAGCCCCCAUGCUCUAUGACUCGGAGGAGGAGGAGGAGAGCAAGCCCAUGACCUACGACGAGAAGCGGCAGCUCAGCCUCGACAUCAACAAGCUGCCCGGGGAGAAGCUGGGCCGGGUGGUGCACAUCAUCCAGUCACGGGAGCCUUCGCUGCGCGACUCCAACCCGGAGGAGAUCGAGAUCGACUUUGAGACGCUCAAGCCCUCCACCCUGCGCGAGCUGGAGCGCUACGUGUUGUCGUGCCUGCGCAAGAAGCCCCGCAAGCCCUACAGUGAGACCCUGAAGAAGCCGGUGGGGAAGACGAAGGAGGAGCUGGCCCUGGAGAAGAAGCGGGAGCUGGAGAAGCGCUUGCAGGACGUCAGUGGACAGCUGAACUCCGCCAAGAAGCCCCCCAAGAAAGUCAACGAAAAGCCAGAGUCGGUGCAGCAGCAGCAGCAGCAGCAGGCCGUGUCCGUCUCCCGCCUGAGCGCCUCCAGCUCCAGCUCGGACUCGAGCAGCUCCUCCUCCUCCUCCUCCUCUUCAGACACGAGCGACUCAGACUCCAGCUAAGCAGCUCUGGGAGGGGGGAGCCCCCGGGGCGCGGAAGAGGUUCUGCAGGACCAGAACACGGCAGGAAGGACUGGCCUGAGUGCCCGGCAGGGGAGGGGAGCGAGAGGGGCCCGCGGCUGGCGCCUCGGCCCCCCCUUCGGACUCGGAGGCCUGAGCUGGCCCGGCUGUGUUUGUGCCGUGGCAUGGGGAGCACCUGGGCGGCUCUGUACAGUUUGCCCCAGCGCGGGUGGGGGUGGGGGGCAGCAGUGUUUUACUGUUUGGUUGACCUAAAAAAACUUGUGGUUUUUAUGAAGCGUUCAGCAAGUUUGGUUUGUGAGACUCCCUCCCCGGUGGGGGUGGGGGGCUGUGCCUCACUGGCUUGGACUUGGAACCCCGAGUGGGUGGCAGCCCGAGGCUCUUUUAUUUAUUUCUCCAUUGGUGGUAUUCCCUAGGGGCUGGAGCAAGUGCCCCUGUGGACGUCCCUGGGCAAAAGGGAGACAGCAUGCUCUUCACCCACCCACCGACCCACCCCCCAGGGGACGAUGGGGCAGAACCCAUCUCCGGUUGGGGUAUUUUUUUAUGUUGACUGUACAAUUCUUUUUCUACUGUUCCUUUUAUCCCCCGCCCUGGCACAGCUAGGGCUCCGUUUCAUCUUGCUGUAUGUUAAACCUUCUGGCUCUUUAACAUGUAAAUAAAAAAAAAAACAUUAUA